AUGAAGCAGCCGUUGCUGGACAUUAAGGCCAAGCUGGACGCUGUGCAGGUCGCACUCAAGGCGGAGUUGCUUGCACUUCAGCAGGGCCUUGAGCGGCGGCAGGAGAUGGCUGCGGCACGCGGCACGCUUGAGCUGAUGCAGGAGGUGGCGCACGUGGCGUCGAAAGUGGAGAAGCUGCUCGCCGAGGUGCAGGCGGCUUCUUUGGAAGCUUCCGCCGCAGCGGGCGCGCCAGAUGGCGGCAAGGGCGGCGGCGCAGCGGCGAGCGGCGGCGCGUCACCGGCCGCGGCGUCCCACGCGGCGACCGAGGACGCGGCAGGGGCAGAGGCGGCGUCGGGUGACCCGGACGCGCACGCGCGGCUGCUGGAGCGCGUGGCUGCGGAGGUCAGCCGGCUGAGCUUCCUGGCCAACAAGGGCAAGGAGCUCGCCUUCGUGUCGUCCGUAGAGCGCCGCAUCCAGGUCGCGCGCCUGCAGCUCGGCGCCCACCUGUCCGCAGCACUGGCCGCGGCCCUGCAGCGGCGCGCGUGGCAGGCGGCGGCGCACUGCCUGCACGCGUACGUGGAGCUAGGGGAUGUCCCCGCGGGCGAGGCGACGCUGCGCGCAGCGCUGGCGGCGCCGCUGGCCGCAGGCGCUGUGAAAGAGGUCAAGCAGCGGCUCGCGGCGGACCCGGGCGUCAAGUCUCAGGAGGUGUCCCUCGUCGCCCGCGCGGUGCUGUCUGGCCUGGACCAGCGCGCGGGCCCGCUGCUGGCGACGCUGCUGGCGCCGGCCAGCGGGCUCGGCGCAUUUGACGUGCUGGGGGCGGUGGUGCUGCAGGAGGUCAGCCAGGCGCUGGCGGACGGGCUGCCCGGCGCCUUCUCCCCCGGCAACCCCGCAUCCUUCCACUCAAACUUCCUGGCCAGCCAGUCGCUGCUGGCCUCCCUCGAGUCCCUUGCGCAGACGCGCGCCGCCGUCGAGCGGCUGCGCGCCGGCAACGCGCACGCCGCGUUCGCGAAGCGCUGGAAUUUGGCCGCAUACUAUUCGCUGCAGCAUCAAGACAUAGCGGGCGCCUUCGAGGACGCGGCGCGCGGGGACAAACUGGAGCACGCGCCAGCUGGGAGCGGGAGCGGCGGCGGGGCGCCCCUGCCGCCAGGCUUUGCGCCGCUGCAGCUGGCCGUCGGCGCCGCGCUGUGGGAGGGGCUGCAGCGGUGCGUGUCGGAGGGGGUGUUCUUGGCACCCUUAGGGGACCGUUUUCUGCGUCUCGCCUGCCAGCUGGCGGCUCGCUACGCGUCCUGGGCCCGGGAAGCGGCAGCCGCGCGCCGAGAGGCAGCCGCUAGCCCGCCAGCUGCCGCGCCGCCGGCUGCAGCCGCUGAUUCGCCUAGCGGGGCGCCUGGUGCGGCGGCCGCGGCGCCGGCGGCGCCGCAGAAGCACGGGCCGGAGGCGUGGGCAGGGCAGGUGCCUGCGGAGGAGCUCCUGGCGAUAUGCUGCGACGCCGCGACCGCCGCGCAGCUGUUGACGGGGCCGCUGCGGGACCAGCUGGGGCGGCUGCUGCCGGGGUUGGACGCAGAGGCGGCGGCGCGCGUUGACGCGGCAUUGGCAGCGGCGGCGGCCAGAAUUACGGAUGCAUCAGACCAGGUGCUGUCUGUCGUCGCUGAGGAGGUGGCGGACCGCUGCGUGGCGGUUGUGCGGCAGCUCAAGGGCAUAACCGCCACGUACAGGAUGACGUCCAAGGGGCCGCCCACGCGCCACAGCCACUAUGUUUCAGGCGUCCUCGCGCCGCUGCGCCAGGCCCUCGACGCGCCCGGCGCGCCGCAGCGGCUGCCCCCCGGCGUGAAGCUCGCCCUCGCGGCCGCCGUGUUUGACUCGGUCAACCGCCGCUACGCGCAGCUGGCGGAGGAGCUGCUGGGUAGCGUCCGGAAGACCGAGUCGAGCCUCAAGCGCCUGAAGAAGGGCCGGGCCCCUGACGGCGGCGGCGGCGCGGAUGCAGGCGGCGGCGCGGCGGAGAUGAAUGACAGCGACAAGAUCUGCCUCCAGCUGUACCUGGACGCGCAGGAGCAUGGGCGCCUUGCCACGCGGUUUGGGCUGCAGGCGGAGGCGGCGCCGAGCUUCUCGGCGCUGCUGGCCGCGGUGACGCCGCAGCAGCAGCCGGCGGGGGCGUUUGCGGGGCCGGGGUCGGGCGGGGGCGUCGGCGAGCAGGGGGCGCCAGCCGCGCCCGGGAUGCUGCUACAGCCGCAGGUGCAUGCUGGCCCUGGGGAGCUGCAGGCUGCGCGGCAGCCGGCGCCGCUGCUUGCUUAUCAGGCGCCCUUGCAGCAGCCGCUGUACCAGCAGCAACCGCAGCAGCUGGCGCCGGGGCAGCCGCCCGGCCUGGGCGGCAACCAGCCAUCUUAUUAA